CCUUUCGGUAAACUGGCCGUAUAUAAACAGGUCUAGAUUGACAAUAUCAUUUUUCAAAAGAUAAAACUUAGUAAGCAGUAAGGCGGAUUUUGUAAGGAAUUUUACAUUUGUUUUAAAUUUUAAAAAUCCACUGGAGCAAUGUGUCGGUGGUACCUUUUGGCCGCGGCGUUUGCCUGUGUGUUGGGGGGUAGCUGGGGUCAGAUUAUAUCGUGGGGGAGUUGCCCAACAGUACAGGUCCAGCAGAACUUCAACAUUGCACGGUAUAUGGGCCCAUGGUAUGAACAGAAACGAUAUUUUGCGGUAUUCGAGGCUGGUAUGGAAUGCGUGAGCGCGGAAUACACUUUAGAGACCGGGGGCGUGGUCAAAGUCAACAACACUGGGUACAGAAGGAUCUCGGGAAGGUAUAGUUCUGCGAUUGGUGACGCCAUUGUCGAGGACCCUAGGGAGCCAGCCAAACUUGGCGUACGCUUCUCGGAAUACCAGCCCCGCGGUGACUACUGGGUACUGAGUACUGACUACGAUACGUACACGGUCAUCUGGUCAUGCACACCUUUUGCCCGGUUUUUCAAUACACAGUUUGCAUGGAUACUGACGCGAAACGCGCAAGGGGUGCCUGACUCCAAAAUGGCAGAACUCUACAGUCUGCUGGAUGGUUACGGGAUCCACACCUGGAAGCUCCUCACCACUGACCAGUCCCCUGCAUCCUGUCCGAUGUAACUGCAGCUUUCUUCAGUAGAGAUAUGCCAGUGCUGUACGACAGGUUGCGAGACUGUGUAUAAGACUCACAGGACAUUGUAUUUCCCCCCCAACGGGCAUAAGCCCUCUGAAACACUGUCAGGCAAAAACGACGACCAUACGUUCAGUCUGGCGAUCUGUAGUAAAUUCAAUGAACUUCUGUUUCCUCUCUUUAAAUUUAUUUUAAGUAGUGCAAUAUUGUUCGAUUUUUAUAUUACCCUUCUUGUUGUCCAUUUCGUACCGUUUAUAUUGGUUGCAUAGUAAAUGUAGUACCAUA